AUGUACAAAUGUAAAGCAAGCAGUAAUUUUGAGAUGAUGGAACUAGAUAAGAUGGGAAAAGUUCGCCCAAAGGUCCAAGAAAACAUUAAUAAACCACCAAAAUCACUAGCAAACCUCACACUUGUCAGUAUGGCCAGAACUAGAUUUCCAGGAAACAUUCCUAGUGAAACUAUAAAAAACAUCACAUCAACAAGAGAGUUCCAUCUAAAGGCAUUUUUGAUCUCUGAAAAAGAGCAGCUAUUGGUUUUCAUUGGGAUUUUACUCAUGUAUCUAAUGUCUGUACUGGGAAACCUGCUUAUUGUCACACUUGUAUGUCUGGUGUCCCACCUGCACACGCCUAUGUAUGUCUUUCUGUGUAAUCUGGCUGUUCAGGAUUGUCUGUACGUCUCUACGCUUUUGCCAAAGCUGUUGGACAUCACCAUCUCAGGUAAAACCAGUAUUUCUUUUUCAGGUUGUAUUGCACAGAUAUUUCUGUUUGUAUGCUGUAUUGAUACCGAGUUUUUUCUGCUGACCUUCAUGGCUUACGACCGCUAUCUAGCUAUUUGUUCCCCUUUGCACUAUGCUCUCAUCAUGAACAGAAAGUUGUGUGCCCUACUAAUCGCCGUUUCUUGGUGUUUUGGUUUCCUAAAUGCAAUCAUUUUCUCUUUAUUGGUAUCUAAUUUAUCAUUCUGUGAUAACCAAAUCAACCAUUUCUUUUGUGAUGUAACAAUAAUCCUGAAGCUCUCAUGCAGUGACAUCACAUAUAUGAUCAUAUUUAUUUUUGUUGAAGCCAUAGUACUAGGUUGGUCUCCAUUUUUUCUUAUACUGACCUCCUAUAUUUUUAUCAUAUCUACCAUUUUAAAAAUCAAAUCAUCAAAGGGAAGAAGCAAGACCUUCUCCAGCUGUUCUUCCCAUCUCACAGUUGUUAUACUUUUCUAUGGAACAUCUUUGACAUUAAACUUGAAAACCAAAUCAAAAAACUCAAUGGAAAUAGAAAAACUGCUAUCCAUGCUUUACAUCGGAGUGGUUCCCAUGGUAAAUCCACUAGUGUAUAGCUUAAGAAAUAAAGAUGUUUUAAGAGCCAUCAAAAGUUUAUUUAAAAAACUUAAAUAA